CUCCGAGCGCCCUAUUUAAUCCCGGCGACUGCAGCAGCGCCGGCUCCCUCCCGGUACCCGCCUCGGCCCCGGGCUUGGAAGCCGCUCUGGGGGCGCCCUUUUGGACAGCGACGCCGGCUACCCAGAACCCCCGGCCCCAGUCUUCGGAGAUCCUUGCUCGCCAGCGCCCAGCCAGGGAGGUGGUCAGGAAGCGCGAUGGGCGCCCCUUCCGCCCUACCCCUGCUCCUGCUCCUCGCCUGCUCCUGGGCGCCCGGUGGGGCCAAUCUUUCCCAGGACGAUAGCCAGCCCUGGACAUCUGACGAGACAGUGGUGGCUGGUGGCACAGUAGUGCUCAAGUGUCAAGUGAAAGACCAUGAAGACUCCUCUCUGCAGUGGUCUAACCCUGCCCAGCAGACUCUGUACUUUGGGGAGAAGAGAGCCCUUCGAGAUAAUCGGAUUCAGCUGGUUAGCUCCACUCCACACGAGCUCAGCAUCAGCAUCAGCAAUGUGGCACUGGCAGACGAGGGCGAGUACACAUGCUCCAUCUUUACUAUGCCUGUGCGAACCGCCAAGUCCCUUGUCACUGUGCUCGGAAUCCCACAGAAACCCGUAAUCACUGGUUAUAAGUCAUCGUUGCGGGAAAAGGACACAGCCACCCUAAAUUGUCAGUCUUCUGGGAGCAAACCUGCAGCCCAGCUCACCUGGCGGAAAGGUGACCAAGAACUCCACGGGGACCAAACACGAAUCCAGGAAGAUCCCAAUGGGAAAACCUUCACUGUGAGCAGCUCAGUGUCAUUCCAGGUUACCCGGGAGGAUGAUGGAGCAAACAUCGUGUGCUCUGUGAACCAUGAAUCUCUGAAGGGAGCUGACAGAUCCACUUCUCAGCGCAUUGAAGUGUUAUACACACCAACAGCCAUGAUUAGGCCAGAACCUGCUCAUCCUCGUGAAGGCCAGAAGCUGUUGUUACAUUGUGAGGGGCGUGGAAAUCCAGUGCCCCAGAAGUACCUGUGGGUAAAGGAAGGCAGCGUGCCACCCCUCAAGAUGACCCAGGAGAGUGCUCUCAUCUUUCCCUUUUUGAACAAGAGUGACAGUGGGACCUAUGGCUGUACAGCCACAAGCAACAUGGGCAGCUAUACGGCCUACUUCACCCUCAAUGUCAAUGACCCAAGUCCAGUGCCCUCUUCCUCCAGUACGUACCACGCCAUCAUUGGAGGGAUUGUAGCUUUCAUUGUCUUCCUGCUGCUCAUUCUGCUCAUUUUCCUUGGACACUAUUUGAUCCGGCACAAAGGAACCUACCUGACACACGAAGCGAAGGGCUCCGACGACGCCCCAGAUGCAGAUACGGCCAUCAUCAACGCAGAAGGCGGGCAGUCAGGCGGGGAUGACAAGAAGGAAUAUUUCAUCUAGGGGCAACCACUCACCUUCUGCACCCUCCCCCAGGGGCCCCAUGGGGACUGCUGGGCUGUCACCAACUUGGACUUGUACAGAGCGACCCCAGGGCCGCCCCUCCCGCUUGCUCCCCAGUCCACCCAGCCCCCUGUACAGAAUGUCUGCUUUGGGUGCGGUUUUGUACUCGGUUUGGAAUUGGGGAGGGAGGAGGGCGGGUGGGAGGGGUGGGUUGCCCUCAGCCCCUUUUGUGGCUUCACUGCGUUUGGGUUAUUAUUAUUUUUGUAACAAUCCCAAAUCAAAUCCGUCUCCAAGGCUGGAGAGGCAGAGGCCAUGGGCGUAAGGAGAGCAAGGAAUCUGCAAUGUUCAGAGGAGGAAGUUGGAGGAAUUAGAAACGGAUGAGGAGCAGGGCUGGUUUGCGGGUGGGGGCUUAGCACAGCCCUCCUUCCAUUUUCACAGCGGAUGUGGCCCCAAGGAACCUGGGAGUGGAAGCAGGGGCUAGUGGUGGCUCUUCUUCUGCUGGCCGUGCACUACAGACACGGAGUCACACUGACACUUCUCUUCCAUUACAUAAGAAAGAAAUGAGGAGAGUGUUCAAGAUGUGAUCUGGAGAUAGCAUGCAGCCACAUAGGAAUCCAGGGCUUCAACAUGUUCCUCCCGAGAGAGUAGAUUUCCCGAGAGAAUGGUGGAAAUGGUCCUGAUCACCUAUUGCCCCUAAACGAUGACUGAAGCUAGGCUGUUCUUUUAAAAACAGAAUCUGCCCUUGGGGGACAGUAGAGUUCAACUUUCUCUCCCAGCUUCAGCAGCUGUGGAAGAGGCAGCUGUGGACCCGAACAACGUCUGCUGCCCCGACCUCGGAGGGGCCCCUCACUCUUACCCAAGCCCCUGGACUGUUGCACGGCAACCGCUCCUCUUAUGGCAUUGCUCAGCAACUACUCCUCCACCCUGUGUCACCCUGUGCCCUCUCCUGUUCCCUGUGCCAGCCCUCGGUCCCUCCUCCCUCAGCAGCCAGGCAGACUUGACAACAAAAUUACUAAAAGGAGCUUCACUGCAGUGAGCUGUUUCCUGCCCAAA